AUCUGUGCCUCUUCUCACAAGGAUUUUUCCCAGCUGCGGCCUACGCAAGACAUGGAGAUCAAAAACUCACCAUCAAGCCUUACUUCCCCCGCUUCCUAUAACUGUAGCCAGUCCAUCCUACCCCUGGAGCACGGUCCUAUCUAUAUCCCUUCCUCCUAUGUAGAGAGCCGCCAUGAAUACUCAGCUAUGACAUUCUAUAGUCCUGCUGUGAUGAACUACAGUGUUCCCAGCAGCACUGGUAACCUGGAAGGUGGGCCUGUUCGCCAGACUGCAAGCCCAAAUGUGCUAUGGCCAACUUCUGGACACCUCUCUCCUUUAGCCACCCAUUGCCAAUCAUCGCUUCUCUAUGCGGAACCUCAAAAGAGUCCUUGGUGUGAAGCAAGAUCACUAGAACACACCUUACCGGUAAACAGAGAGACACUGAAGAGGAAGCUUAGUGGGAGCGGUUGUGCCAGCCCUGUUACUAGUCCAAACGCAAAGAGGGAUGCUCACUUCUGCGCCGUCUGCAGCGAUUACGCAUCUGGGUAUCAUUACGGUGUCUGGUCCUGUGAAGGAUGUAAGGCCUUUUUUAAAAGAAGCAUUCAAGGAUCCAGGAGAGAAAGGUGUGGGUACCGUAUAGUACGAAGACAGAGAAGUUCCAGUGAGCAGGUGCACUGCCUGAACAAAGCCAAGAGAGCCAGUGGGCAUGCACCCCGGGUGAAGGAGCUGCUGCUGAGCUCCCUGAGUCCCGAGCAGCUGGUGCUCACCCUGCUGGAAGCUGAGCCACCCAAUGUGCUAGUGAGCCGUCCCAGCGUGCCCUUCACUGAGGCCUCCAUGAUGAUGUCCCUCACGAAGCUGGCUGACAAGGAACUGGUGCACAUGAUUGGCUGGGCCAAGAAAAUCCCUGGCUUUGUGGAGCUCAGUCUGUUGGACCAAGUACGCCUCUUGGAAAGCUGCUGGAUGGAGGUGCUGAUGGUGGGGCUCAUGUGGCGCUCCAUUGACCACCCUGGCAAGCUCAUCUUUGCUCCAGACCUCGUUCUGGACAGGUCCUCAGAAGACCCUCACUGGCACGUUGCGCAGAUGAAGAAUGCUGCCCCAAGGGAUGAGGGGAAGUGCGUAGAAGGGAUUCUGGAAAUCUUUGACAUGCUCCUGGCGACGACGUCAAGGUUCCGUGAGUUAAAACUCCAGCACAAGGAGUAUCUGUGUGUGAAGGCCAUGAUCCUCCUCAACUCCAGUAUGUACCCCUUGGCUACAGCAAGCCAGGAAGCAGAGAGUAGCCGGAAGCUGACACACCUAUUGAACGCAGUGACAGAUGCCCUGGUCUGGGUGAUUUCGAAGAGUGGUAUCUCUUCCCAGCAGCAGUCGGUCCGACUGGCCAACCUCCUGAUGCUUCUUUCUCAUGUCAGGCACAUCAGUAACAAGGGCAUGGAACAUCUGCUCAGCAUGAAGUGCAAAAAUGUGGUCCCAGUGUAUGACCUGCUGCUGGAGAUGCUGAAUGCUCACACGCUUCGAGGGUACAAGUCCUCAAUCUCGGGGUCUGAGUGCUGCUCGACAGAGGACAGUAAGAGCAAGGAGGGCUCCCAAAACUUCCAGUCACAGUGA